AAAAAAGUCACCGCAUGUGUCAACGGCUGAUGUUAAAUAACAUCGGUUUUUCACAGUAUUUUAUUUUUCUCCCUUGAAUUUGUUUAAAUAAAAAAUGCGUUUUACCAACAAAUUAUGUGCUCAACAUUUAGGAUGGAUGUUCAAAAAGCAUUGGCAAAUUCAGGGUAAACGUGUUGCACGUGACACAGGUGCAGCAUCAGAAUUAGCCAAGCUAGGAAUCGAAGUUAAAAAUCCCAAAGAUGUACUCAAAGAACCACGAUCAAAACAAAACUUUGAAAGAUUAGUCUUUGCUGAACCAUUAAUAACUCAAACAGCUGAAGAUGCUUUCCAUCCGAAUUGGCAUGCAAAACCAUGUCACGUUUAUGGUGAUUCAAAUGUGCUUCUGGAAGGUGUUGCACAAGCACAAAUUCUAACCAAAACAAUUGAAAUUAAUGGUUUUCCAAAAAACAUUGAGGAAACUAUCAGCAAAAUGCAAUUGAAUAGCAAUGUUGACAAGAACAUUCAGAAUUCGAUUAUGGCUUCGCAUGUUCUUGAUGCUGAGCAAGUUAAAUUGCCAAAGAUCAAAAUUCCCGAACGUCCUGCUUUCACUUUGCCCAGAGAGUAUGGAAUUUCACACAACAGGAGGAGGCGACUCUUGAUUAACAAACUCAUUUUCGAAUGUGAAAAGCUGUCGGGAAGUUCUGUGACUUCUCGCAGGCAAAUCUUUGAUAAUGCUGCCUUUAAUGUGAGUCUGACGAAAGACGGAGACUUGCUGCAGUUUGAACUUUCGGCUGACACUUUUAUGACGUCGGCAAAACCAAUUGAAGCAGUCAAAGGGAAGUACGAAACCGAAUUACCCGAUUUGUAUCCAAUCAAACACACAAUCACGAUCCCAAAAAAGAACAUUUACACCACAAAGAAUAGUUAUCCUCUUCGAAGUGCUUUGCCAUGCAGUCAUCCUCACACAAUCUUUGUGCACUUUGAUAAGGAAAAUGUCAAGAAUUUACAUCAAACACCUGUGACAACGUCUCAGUUCCAAGCGAGAAAUUUACUUAAAGCAUUUACCGUGGCAUCUGCUAGAGCUAAGCAACUUUAUGGGGAAUCUGUUGAGCAACUACCAAAACCAAUUGUUGUACAGAGUAUUCAAACCGAUGGACAAACUUUUCAUUUUGGAGUCUAUCAACUUAAUACUUUGCAAUUGAGUGGUCUAGAUGGCAUAAAGAAUUAUUGGUUCCAUUUGCCAAAUGUUGAUUUGUUUGCCGAAUGUGGAUAUAAAGUUGGUCGACCAGUUCUUGAAGGUUAUAAUAAGGAUUGCUUCCGAUAUUUGAAAGCUUUUUAUAGUAAUUGUUAGAUGAAUGUUUAAAUUUUAAUUGAAAGAAAAAUUA